AUGGCUACUAAUGUUUUGAGAACAUCCACAAAAACCAUAAGCUUAAUACAGAAUGCAAAGAAGUUAUUGACUCGAACCUUUACAACGAAGCUAACAGAAAAACAAUUAGAAAUUCAACAAAGUGUGAGAGACUUUACCAAUGAACACCUGAAACCCAAAGCAGCUAAGUUGGAUCAAGAAGGGAAAUAUCCAUUUAAAGAGAUAAAGAAGUUAGCUGACCUUGGUUUCAUGGGCGCAUGCGUUGAUACUGAAUAUGGGGGUCUAGGAUACGACUAUCUCUCUCUAGCGCUCGCCGUAGAAGAACUAUCCAGAGGUUGUGCUAGCACCGGCAUGCUUCUCUCGAUACAUAACUUUUUAUACGCCAAUCUAGUCAAUGAGAAGGGAACCCCGGAACAGAAGGAAUUAUUCCUUAGGAAUUUUACAAAAGGGUGCAUAGGCUGUUUUGCUUUGAGUGAGCCAGAAGCGGGAAGUGACGCAGCUAAUAUUAAAACAACAGCUACAAGGGAUGGCGACUAUUGGAUAUUGAAUGGCAAGAAAAGUUGGGUGACAUCUGCCAUAGAAGGCUCUGCGGUCGCUGUCUUUGCUACAUUCGAUCCGGAGCUCAAACAUAAAGGGAUUGUGUGCUUUCUGGUCCCACUAGACUUCGAGGGAGUAUUUAGAGGAAAGAAAGAGCAAAUUAUGGGUGUUAGGGCUGCUACUUCUUGCAAUGUCACUCUGGAGGAGGUUCGAGUUCCCAACAGCUAUGUAGUAGGUCAACCAGGCGAAGGAUUCAAGAUCGCCAUGGAACAGCUCGAUCAAGCUAGAAUUGGAAUCGCUGCGCACGCUGUAGGUAUCUCACAAGCAGCAUUGGAUACAGCCAUUAAUUAUGCCAAACAUCGAAUUGCUUUCGGAAAGAGCCUAACCAGACUUCCUUCAGUUCAGGAUAGAUUAACGGAGAUGUCAGUAAUGGUUGAAACUUCCCGACUGCUCACAUAUCGGGCAGCAACAGAAGUGAAAACCAAGAACAGUGCCAUGGCUAAAUACGUGGCUGGAAGGAACGCGGCCGCAGUUGCGGACCACUGCGUCCAGAUAAUGGGAGGCAAGGGGCUUUCGACUAGCUAUGACGCUGAGAGACAUUAUAGAGACGCACGAGGUACGCAGAUCUAUGGCGGUGUUUCGGACGUACAAAAACGCCUCGUUGGACAUUUCUUGCUUAAAGAAAACGGAGCUUUGUGA